GAGCAGAGCCACUUCUGGCCGGUGCCCUUCAGCGCCAAAAGGCAACGCAGGCUAUAGCUUCGUGUCUAUAGGCAACUGCCUGGCGGCUCGGACGGCAGUCCUUCUUCUGCUGAUCAGCUACAGGCAGGCACGGUGGUUGCUGGAGCAGCCGGCCCAGAGCUUCUUCUCGCAGCUCCCUUGCUGGGUCUGGCGCGGAUACUGGUGGAUGGGCGUUUUUGGUGCUCAGUCUGCCAAGCGCCACUGCGGCUGGUCAAACGACGAAGGCUUCAUCGGCCAGCUGGUUGCUGAGGGCGGCUACCUCUCCAAGCGAGAAAGGGAAGCUGUCACUUCUGCGAAGCUCACGCGCUCGUACGUGGAUGAGCAGGGCAGGCGCAAAUUUGUAGGCCAAAAGCUGCAGCUGAAGCGCAGCCAGCCCCAUAGCUGCACGUGGCCUCUGCGCUUUCAUCAUGUGAGUGCACAUUUAGUGGUCAAGUCAGAUUUUGCAGGCAGUAUCCUGCCAAAUUUGGCGCUGCCCUAG